CCGAGGAAAGGCAUGGCCGGUCUGUCAGAGCCUGGAUCUUCUGAAAUGGAAUAGAAACUUUCACACUCUUACACUGCUGCUGAUCAGUCAGCCUGGAGAACAUCAGAAACACUGAAGUAUGAGGACAGAGGGGAGAAACGUCACAGUGCUCCGGCAUGGCAACUUCUCACAGGUCUUCCCUCCUGCCCCAGCCUGGCUUCCCCUUACUUCACACAGAAACGGUUCACUGGUGGCAUCUCCAGCCUCAAACUCUGAGAGGCCUAAACGCAGUGGGAUCAUACCAGGUAUGAUAGCUGCAGGGAUCUUUAUAAUCCUGCUCCUGGCGCUCUAUGCCGUUCUGUGGAAAUGUAUGGUGUCUCCACCCAAAAGAGGCAAAAAGAAGCGGAUCUUAAAGGGAGCCAGGGUUGCCGUGUGACCUCUCCGAUGUCAGGAGCCGUAUUUCUAUGAGCAGACAUUUAUUAACUGGGCUUUAAUGAACAGAAGUUCUAGACAUGGCUCUGACAAAAAAAUCCUUGAGUAGGUUAAACUACUGUAUUUUGCAGACUGUGGCCUAAUCAGGAACAAAAAAGUGCUGUCAUGGCCACUAGAUAGCAGCACUGUGUAUGAUUUGGCAACAUUCCCUUGGCGUCAACCAAAAACGCAAGUAUGGACAUGAACUAAAAUGAAAGCUGUUGUAGAUGUUCUAUAAAAUGUUGCUCUUUAUUUCAAGUCAUUUUAAUCGCACCUGUGCUGCUUACCCUACUGGAUGCCUUGGAAGUGUUUAUCCUCUAUAUGAAGUGUCAGAUUACACAAGAGGAAAGGUGUGUAGACAAGCAUGGUCCCGUCCUGUACACUGAAAAACUGAUUCAUGUAUUAGCAUUUUUACAUUGAAGGCAGAAUCUCCAUUGAAAUAUUUUUGUUUAUUUAAUGAUUAAAGAAAAUAAUACAAAUUGGUAUGUUUUUGUUAAGUAUAAAGGCGUGAGAAGCAAGACUGGGGAUGAUUUGAUCCUUGAUCUGAUUUUCGUUUGUUCAAGAACGCACAUGUGAAACACAGAUGAAAUGGAUUAGUUACUCAAUUUCUUUUGUUUUGUUUUAUUUUAAAAUGCUUUUGCUUUUUUUAAUUGUUGAGCUAUUGAUGCAUAUUAUAUUUCAAGCCCGCAAACUAAUCCUCACCAGUUCCCAUUAAUAGUUGGGGAUUUUGCUGCUUCUUUUCAUUUAUAAACUCCACUAUCAAUUUAUAUGCACAUUUUAAAGAAAUGGAAAUAGCAUCAAAUGCCUUUUGAGUAAGAUAUUAAUUUUACUGAUGAUAACAGUCGUGAAACGGCCCUUAAGAUGGCGGCGGGGAUUUGACCAAGGGGAAGUCAACAAGACUGUUUUUACAAAACAGUAUCAGAACACGGAGGUAUUUUCUCCCAAACAUCCCCUUUGGCCUAUGUGAACUCUGCACUACAUGAAGGGACACAUGUGUGUGUGUGUGUGUGUGUGUGUGUGUGUGUUAUCCCGUAGAGCACUGGAGCAUAGAUCUUGCUGGGUCAAAGUCUUUGUGCCUUAGACAUGUUAAGUAUAUAAAUAGUAAAAAUUGCAAUAUACUUUUUAUUUUAUUGCAUGUAAUGCAUUUUGUUCCAUUUUAAUGUAACUUUAAUGAAAAUUCAUAUAAAUAAUAAAUCCUGGAAACAUAAAUUGUGAUUAUUUUUUAAUAAAUUACUGUAACAGCAGGUCUCUUGCUUUCAUAUUAUCAGCUCGCUUAUUUAUUCCUUUUUGGGUUUAAUUUCUGUGUUCUGUCUAACAAUGAUAACUCAUUCACUGCAAGUGAGCAUAUUGUGGGUUUUUUUGGGGGAAAAAAACUGUUAAUGAUGUCAGAUGCAAAAAGGAGGGAGCGAACAAUAUGUAAAUGAGAGUAAAACUGAAACCAGAAAACCACCUCAUUUGUGUUUCCAUGUCAAGUACAAUGCUGGUUAAAGAUCAAAAAAAGACAAAAGUUCCAAAUACAAUCAGGAGUGAAGAUAUGUGAAGAUAUGAGUGUGCAUAAUGUUAAAAAGGUGAAAGGUGAAAAGGUUUAAAAUGUUAAUAAUCCAUACAUAUAAACAGACUUUUAAAUAAAUAAAAAGAACUCUCAACUUCAGAACCAAAUUCUGAUUAUUUCAUUAGCCUGUUUUU